GGCUUGAUGUUGACUCGUACUACUUACUCGAUUUUAGUUUUCAACGUCCAAUCGCGUCUUCAAUAACGACUCCAGAGAACGCAAUUAGGCGUCCUCUGGCCGUUGCAAAAGCUGAAGGACACGAUCAGGCGUCCUUUGGCUCUGGAAAAAAAUUAAGGAAAUUGAGGUGUUUGCGCGUCAGGAAAGUAGAUGACGCUAUCAUCGUGUUGACAUCGUUUGAAAAUUUAACGUACACUGUUAUGACGCUUCGGUGAAACAGCGUAGCAAAAACGUUUAGUGAUUUUGCACAUUAAAAGAUAGAUAUGGCUCAAACAGUUGAAACACAUAUGAAAACUAUAUUUGAAAAAGUGCAGUAUAACAAAACUGAUCAUCCAAAAUGGAUAAAAAAACUCACAAAGUUAUACGAGAGGACUGAUUUGGAUACGUUUUGGAAAUGGUUUAUCUUGUGCUUGCAACUACCUCUUACAAUGCCACAGCAGAAUCUACAUGUUAUAAACACCUUGGAAUUUUGUGCCAAAUUCUGCAUAAGCUUUUAUUCAUCUGCAGAUAAUGAAACCACAGAACCAAUGUCGCCAUUUCUUAGCAAGUUGUUUAACUUUCUCUUAUCACAUCACAAUGCUAAAGAUAAAGCUGUAAGAUAUCGUAUAUGUCACUUUCUAAAUAUGCUCUUGAAUUCUAUGGGUGACCAUGCUUUCAUUGAUGAUAAUCUGUGCGAUCAAAUUACAAUCACCAUGAUGGAUCGAUUGUUAGACAAGUCUCCUAAAGUCAGAGCACAGGCUGUCUUAGCCUUACAGAGAUUGCAGGAUCCAUCAGAUGACCAGUGUCCUAUUAUAAGAAUGUAUCUGUUCCAUUUGUCCAGAGAUCCAAGUAAUGAAGUUCGUAAAGCAGUUCUUGCUAGUAUGGGCAAAAAUCAGAAAACCUUACAAGCUGCACUGGCAAGAACACGAGAUAAUGAUGAUACCGUGCGCAAAUUGGCGUAUGAUUUUAUCAGUAAAAUCACAGUACGCUCUCUGACUAUUGAACAAAGAGAACGUUUGUUGAAGGAUGGCCUUAAAGACAGGUCUGAAAUUGUUAGGACAUGUGUGUGUGAUGUUCUGUUGCCAACAUGGCUUCGAUAUUAUCAAGGAGAAUACAUAAAUCUCAUACAUGCUCUGGAUGCUGGAAUAGGAACAGAGAUUGCAACUCUAACUUUACAAAUGCUGUUUAAAAAUGCCAGCGUAAAAACGUUAUUGGAACAAGUUCCAAUAGAUAAAAGUACAAAAUUGAUUCCAGUGAAAAAUUUGUCGAAUGAAAAUGUUUUAUACUGGAAGUGUGUAAUACAACAUCUUUAUCGUCUCUCGUCAACGGAAGAAGUAGAAUUGAUUCUUCCGGAAUUAUCGAAAUUUUGUGAAUAUAUACAUGAAUUCAUCGCUUUUAUAUCUUCAAAGUCACGUGAAACAUGGGAGAAAGAAUGUCAUACAUUUAUUCUUCUACAACUUUUUGAGAUAUGUAAGACGUAUGAUCUCGCAGACGAAGUCGGCAGGAAAAAUCUAAAUGACUUGAUAAUAGAUACUCUCAUGAGUGAUCACUGCAAUAGUAAAAUAAUCGAUUGCAUAGUAAAUCAUCUCACAAAGGUGGUGCCUAAUCCCAACAGUAUGUUGGAUGCUGUUGCUAAUGUUAUCAGUGAAAUUAGACUACCUUCUAAAGAAAGUGCAGUCACUCAACAAGUUACUGCGGAGCAACAGCACGAGAACAAGAUGCAAAAAGCAAGACUGAAGGUUCAGAUAUUAGAACUUGAAGACGAAUUGUAUGAUGCAGUAAAAGAAGAGAAGUUUUUAGAAGCUGACAAACUAAAGGACAAAAUCAAAGACUUGAAAGAAAAGAUGAAUCAAUUGUCUGAAGCUCCUUUGCCGGAAGCUGCAAUGAAUGAUGAUGAUAUGCGUGAGGAGAAAAAUGAUACAGCGACUAUGGUGAAAUGCCUUAGUAUCUUGUACACUGCAGUGCAAACCAAUUCUAUUCGUGCGUUAACACCCACAUUGAGAAGUAUGAUGUCUAUUGUUGUGCAAAGUCUCGAUCAUCCCGAUGAUAACGUACACGUAUUGGCAUUGAAGGUGUUAACUGUUUAUUGUUUAUUAGUCAAGGAAUUGGCGAAAAAACAUAUAAUGAUAUUUUUCUAUCAAUUUUCUCUUGAGCAAGAGACUCGAGAAAUAUGGCUGACAGCCUUGAAAGGAAUAUUCGAUCUUUUGCUGCGUUACGUUGAGUAUUUUGAAAUCCUACAAAAUCCGGAAGACGAGAAUUCCAUGCAAAACAAGUGUGAAAAAAGUCGUUCGCUUUACACACGCGAGAACAGUAUUACGUCUCUAAAUAAGACGAUGUCUAUAAAUAAGACGACUGAAAUCGAGGAGGGCUCGUGUAAUUUUAUUAAAAUUCUAACUGGACUGCUGGACAAUUCGAAUCAAGACUUGCGCUUUAUCGCUAUAGAAGGACUCUGCAAACUAUUGGUCAAUCAGCGGAUCAGCAGCAGUAGCCUAAUAUCGCGUCUGAUAAUUCUGUGUUACAAUCCAGUCAACGCGAAUGAUCUUUAUCUCCAACAGUGUUUAAGUACUUUUUUUGGACAAUUCAUAAUAUGUAUACCGGACGCACAAGAAAUGCUCGAAAAUGCAUACCUCCCGACAUUGCGUGCUCUUUGCAACGCACCAGACAUCAGUCCACUGCAGGAGAUCGAUGGAUAUCAUGUAUCGCGAUUUAUACUGAGUUUAAUGAAGCAAAAAUGUCGGAAGUCGAACGGAAAACCACUAUACAACCACAACAAUCUUGCGUUUACUAUUCUGGCAGAGAUUUUAAAUCCUGAGAGCAAGAUUGAUCAAGAGAUACUCGUUAGAUCUUUGCCGAAUUUGUACAUUGAAAUCGAAGACAGCCAGUCGAAACAAAAUCUACGAGAAGCCAUCGAGAAUGUUAUGAAAACGAUAAUGGAUUCUGACAAACGAUUACUUACAUAUGUUCAACGAUUCAAGAAAAGAUUAGAGGGAUCUUCCGAAACAGUUGCCGAAAUUGAUGUCGAAAACGAAAACGAAAGUGAAAAUGAGGAUUAAAUCCUUCUUUUUCUUCUUAGUUUGUUUAUCUCACUAACAAGAGUAAGUCAAGAGAAGUUUCAGAAUUUGUCAAUACAACAGUUUAUUGUGCUCUUUACAUUGAACUCAGUGAAUAAUUAAAUUUGUAAAAUAAUUUAUAAAUGUUUGAAAAUAUUUGUUGCAUUAACAAUUUUAAAAAUAAAAAACUGACAUUCUUGAAA